GACGGAGAAAAGGACGAGAAGGCGAUUGCAACCGAAAAGCUCAUCAACCCAGACUUUCAAGUCGAUGAGAUGCAAGAUGCCCAAUACGUCACGGCCAAGGAGCUGGAAAUCCGAAAGCAAAUAGAGGAGCAGAUGGCAGAAACAUUGAGGACGAUGCAUCCUGUAAAUUACUUGGAUGCGAUCGGCGAGAACAUUGCCGAUGUGGGUGGAACUUCUUCUGACUUGUUCGAGACCAUGUCCCUGACGCUGGCGACUGCUGUCAUACUGGGCUCCAAGAUCCACAAAGCUCCUUACAUCGGUACGUCCUUGCCCUUUGCUAUCAUUUCCACUGGCACGCUGGGGUGCACGGCUGUGUGUUACAAGGUCCGAUGCUUCGAGAAGGACACCGCCAGGCGAAUACGUCGGAGCUUGCAGUGCAAUCUCUUCGCCGUGAUCCUGUUGGUUCAGGGAGCCGUGUUUGGUUAUUGCUAUCUCCACUGGCGCAUCUAUCAUACAAUAUCUUUCGAUGAACUUGUAAGCUACACGAUCAUCAUCUUCACUGGCCUCAUUUCACCGGAGUUGUGCGCUUCAAUUUGCGAGUUCUUCACCUCCGUGAGCUGCUAUCCGGUGAAAUGGUUGGCGCAGGAUUCCCACUAUGGCCCCAUGCAGGUCAUCCUGCAGGGUCUUGGACAGGGCUUUGUGUCCGCUGGUAUUCCAUCAGUCGUCAACAUCAUUGUGCAAAUCGUUGCCUUUAAGCUUGAAGGCUUCUACGGCUUGAUGCUUCUGGCAUGCGCAAGCCAGGCCUGCACUGGCUGGCAGGCAACGCUGGCAGCUUAUGGGGCAGUAGCAAAUAACGCCUUGCGCAUGUCGCACCUUACUACUGUGAACGAGCUGGCUCACCAUCGGGCGAAUGUAUGCGCUGCAGUUGGGACCACUCAGUCACACAAUGGGAAGGUGGUUUCAGGACAGAAUGCGUUUUUUGCGACCACGGCACUUCUGGGAGCCCUCCUCGCUGACAAGCGCACCAAGCAAGGUGUAGACUACACCUCUACUGUAGGUCAGGAGCUGUCGGAGUUCGCACGAGCCGGACUUCUGGCUGGGAUCAUUUUCACGAUGCUCUUCCUCGCCAAUACGGUGACCUCCUGCAUUCGUAUGGCCAAGAAGCUGGUUCGUUUUUGCAAAGACAAACCUGAUCAAUCUGGACCGCGACUUGACAAGACGUUUCCGGCCACACACAUCAUCCCACUGAAGACGCUGACGGGCUUUGCGGCCAUUGAGUCGUUCCAGCUCACCUUCUCGCCUAUGUGCCAAACAUUCGCAGCGCCUUUGGUGAUUGGACAGUUGCUGGGCUUCAAGGGGCUCCUGAUGCUGGUCAGUGGUGGCAACUCAGUUUGCUUCUCAUUGAACAUGUUUCUCAUCAACUCCGGACAAGCCUGGGAUGCAGCUCGAAAGUUUGUCCUGUUUGGGAUGUUGGAGAAAGACGGGAAAGUGAUUGGCACCGACAGCCAGCAAUACGACACCCUGGGCCUGGGAGAGCAGAUAGGUGGACCCUUGGAAGAUCUAACCGGCCCCGCCCUCAACAACUUCAUCAAGCUUGUGGCCGUGGUGAGUUUUGUCACCAGUGACAUCUACGACGAGUUCCCGGACAACACCUGGCUCUGGGGUAUCGGCCAGGUCUUUCUGAACUUCGGGCUCAUCGGUUUCUUCAAAUUUGGCCUCGCUGAAGCUGUGAGGCGCUUGGAAGGAUUCCUAAAACGACGGCGCGAGGCGAUCGAGUUCGAGGAAGGUGUGGCCAUGCUACGCGAGAUUGAAAAGCGAGAGAAGGCGCUAGCUCAAAAGUUGGAAGGACAAAAAAAAGAAGAUCGAGAGUUGCAGCUGGUCUGAGCUCAGGGCGAUGUCAGCUAGCCGUUCGAGCUCAAUGGGCUGCGAAAGGCUGCAAAAGAGAUUCAGUAUGUGCAUGAGCGGAGCCUGCCAAGGAAGCUAUAACC